CGUCAACUUCUGACAACGCGCCAAUUUGCGCAUUCGUUGUUUUUCGUACCACGCAAGAUGGUUUGAUCUUUUGCUACUAAUAUCACACGUACGAUCAGUGUAGCGCCAGUGUGUCAAAUCACGCUCGGUCGCCAUCGAAUCGAUCUUUUUUCUCAAUCAAAAGGUACAUACCCCGCUUUCCACCCUCAGAGUGGCCUCCACACUUCUCCUAUGAUGAAACACAUCCGAUGCAACGGGCGGACAGAUCGUACUCUUGGACCGGCGCCCGUUUACAACAGGACGUACAAACCUGUGGGUGUCCGGAAAGGGAGGUACUUGUUGAUAACGCAUCUUCUGAUCGUCCACACACCGCACCCAUUGUUCGCAGACUCGUCAAUUAUUACAGGCUGACCCAGUCUGUAGGUACGCGUCCAUCGCAUCUCCCAGCAGUGUUCCAUCU